UUUUCUAUCAAGUCACCACUAAAUUAUUCAACCACAUUAUAUAUAUUUGGUUAUAUAUAGACAUUAUAAAGGUUAUUGCAUUCAUAGACAGCUUCUAGCAAGUACUACCGCUACUUUUUUCCUGUCUAUUUAGUUCGAUCACCACUUUUUUUGUAUUUAUAACGCAUUUGCAGAUUUUAUCCAGACAACCACUUUGUUUGACCACUACUACAUUCGUUUGAACCGUUUUUUUAUACAGCAUUUUUUUGUCUUUGUUAUCAUCCAAGUACAUCAUUUUUGUUUGAUUUAAGGGUUUCUUUGGGAUUUAUUUUGACAGGUUGAGUUUAAGUGAUUUCCCGUUUAUUUCAGUUUUAAUUUUACUUUUGCCGGUUAUUUUAUAUUAAGGUCAGACUAGCAAGUCCAAAAGCAUAUUGUUUAAUCCAGGAGAAGGAGUUUGAUUGUUUAUUUCGUUCAAGUUGUAUUUUUUUUAUUGGUCAAGUUAAGUUUUAAAGUAUAUGUUCUCAAUAUGUCAACAACAACAAGUUAUCCCAAGAGAAAACUCGAAUUAAUUCCGUUUAAUAACCAAAUCGAAUAUAUUGAUAAAGUAAUUGUUAAUAAUUCAAAACAUCAAAAUCAAUUUUCAAAUUAUGGUUCAAGAUAUAACCAUGGACAUGGUGGCCAUGGUCAUAAUCACCAUAAUCAACAACAAAACAAGUAUGCGUUAGCUGCUGUGGCAGUUGCUGCAGCAGUUCAACAUCAGCAACAACAGCAUUAUUUGCUUCAACAACAGCAACAAGUUAGACAGGGUCAACAACAGAAGCAAGGUUACUAUUCUGGUGGAUAUCAACAACAACAACAGCAGCAGCAGUACAAUCCACCCCAAUACCAAAAGCAACCACUGCAAACAAGUUCACCUCAGAUGUAUGGCUUACAACAACAACCUCAGCCGCAACAAUACCAACCACCGCAAAUCUUUGCUGAUGUUGGACCUUCAGUCUUACCAGAAGCUAAUAAUUCAUUUACUCAAGGGCAACAAACUACAGGCGGUUCCUCUAGCCAAGCACCUGGUUAUGACUUGAAGACAAAUUUUAUGAUCUAUAACAAUAGUUCAAAUUCAAUUUCUUCACCAACAAGUCAACAACCACAACUAAAACAAUCUUCGGUAUCUUCGGCGUCCUCUGCCACAGCUACACUUCCUGGUGGACCCCUUCUUCCAAAAUUGUUUGAUAGCAUUGGGACAAACUCUACAAACAAUUCCCCAAUCUUGUUACCACCAAAUGCAAACACUUACAAGAAUUCAUCCCCACCAGAUUUGUUUUUAUCAAAUACCACUGGGAAUUCUACAAGUACAUUAAAUAAUUCACCACCAUUGGUUAAUACCCCUACCCCAACUACCAAUUUCUUUAGUUCUCCUUCAUUAUUACCAGGAAGUUCUUCAAAUUGGAAUACUAGUAACCCAUCUACAAGUUCAAUUUGGGGACAAAGUAGUAAUUCAUUCAAGUCUAAUAUUACGUUAGCCAAUCCUACCACCAGUACUACAGCUACGGGAAAUGGGAAGAAUAAUCUUUUAUCAAGCUUUGGAAGCACGAAUUUGUGGUAAAGUGGGCACAAUUUCAGUUUGAUUUAUUUUUUAUAUAUAUAGUGUUAUUGUCGUCGGUCAUUGUUAAGUUACCUUUCGGUUAUGUUGAUACAUUUUUUUUAUUUUGAUUGAUAUUUAUUAUUUGUGUUGUUUUUUUUAUACAAGGGAGAAGAGAGACUUUGACUUUUUGUUUUGAUUUUUGGCUAAAAGGAAUUUUGGAUAGUUUUUUAGUCUGUGUUUAUAAAAUUUAUAUGUAAUUUAUGAAUAUUCUUAAAUUGUAUUCGUC